CAAGAUUGUUUAUACCACAUGUAGGACUUUUUAUUUUUACAUUCCACGUGCUUCUUAUAACAGUUUUCUCAGUCAUGAAAUUCAGGUACAUGUAGGUCAGUAUUAAACUCGGCAUAGGCUAAACGUGCACAACGUGCCGAAUAUACAUGCUGGUUAAAUUUCAUGGAUUUUUCAACCACAAAAACAAUUGUGAGUAUCAUUGAAGCCCCAUUACUUCGUCUUUGAUACGUGUGGAAGCCAGUAAAUGAUUUGAAAGAUCAGAGCCUUCAUGUCAAAUUAGACAUGAUUUUGGACAACCAAAAAGAGGAGUUGUGCCUCUUGAGGAAAGUGGCCAGGCUCCGAGCUCCUGAUGAUGAGGACAUCGAAGAAUUUACUCCAAAACCUCUGGAAACUGUCGCAGAACUGGAGGACCUAUGUGAAAAGCUGAAUUCUCCUGAAGAGGCCAACUUCAAAAACAGAUGAUUCGUCACUUUACUUCCAUGGGAGGCUACAACCUUGGCGAGAGUGUCCGCCGCAUGCUACGCAGGCUAGGGACAAAUAUGCUGUGGUCCCUUUACAGCUACAAGGGACGAAAGGGGAAAAGAGCUCUGAGCGAUCUUCAAAUCUCCCGGGUGUUAAUCAAAGCCUGUCUGAGUGCCCACCCAAAAAGCCGAGUCUUGGAAAUUGAAGAAACCAUCCAAGAGACUCUCAAGUACUGCCCAAACCGAAAGGGUGGGGCAAAGUACAAGAAUCCUGAUGCCAACACGAUCGCAACACCAGAUGAGGCCACCACCGACUUUGAUGACUAGCCCAACUGAAAAUGAUUGGUAACAACACCCCCCCCCCCCAAAAAAAAAAAAAAUAGAUAAAAGA